CACACACCCACACGCUCAAACCCAUAACUCACUCUCCCUCUCACCUCUGUCUCUGCCUCUCUUUCCUCAAACCUCUCAUUUCUCUCUCGCUUUUAAUUCUUUCACCAAACCCUAACCCUAACCCUAAUCCCCUCUUCACUCCCAAACCCAAACGUCCCAUCCUUUUCCCCCAAAACCCCAACCUUAAUUCCACCUUCGAAUUCGAACUCGAAUUCUUCAACUCGGCGCACCGUCUGGUUGUCUUCAAUUUCUCACAAUGGAUUCUCAGCCGAACAACCUGUUCGAAACGGUGUCGCAGCCGGACACGGCUAACGAUGCCUACACCUUCCUCGAGUUCAACACCCAGGGCGAGGACUUCGACUACCCGGAGUUCCGCGAUCCGAUUCGCUCAUGGCCCACGCCAUCCGACUCAUUGUCCGACCCGACCGACCGCGGCCCCGGGUCGGACCACCCUUCUGACUCCUCGCCCGUAUCCGCUGCACCGGGCGGCGCCACCAAGGCCCGGGCAGGAGCCUCGGGCAGCACCAGUAAUCCUAAUACUAACAGCAUCAACAAUAACAACAACAAUAGUCAUAGUAAUAGCAAUAACCAGGUGGUUGAAGCCCUAGCGGCCGGGAUGGGAGGGCUGAACUUCGAGGAGACAGGAGACGAUGACGGCUACGAGUACGGGAAAGGGGAUUUCACGGAGCACGCGUGCCGGUACUGCGGAGUGUCCAAUCCGUCCUGCGUAGUGCGCUGCAACGUCCCGUCGUGCCGCAAGUGGUUCUGCAAUUCCAGGGGGAACACGUCCGGCUCGCAUAUCGUCAAUCACCUGGUUCGAGCAAAGCACAAGGAAGUCUGUCUUCAUAAAGACAGCCCUUUGGGAGAAACUAUCCUUGAAUGCUACAAUUGUGGAUGCCGCAAUGUGUUCUUGCUUGGAUUUAUUUCGGCAAAGACAGAGAGUGUGGUUGUUCUUCUUUGUAGAGAACCUUGCCUAAGUGUUAAUGCAUUGAAGGACAUGAAUUGGGACCUGAGUCAGUGGUGUCCCCUGAUUGAUGAUCGGUGCUUUUUGCAAUGGCUUGUUAAGAUCCCAUCUGAACAGGAGCAGUUGAGGGCACGGCAGAUCAGUGCUCAACAGAUAAACAAGGUAGAAGAACUUUGGAAGACAAAUCCUGAUGCUUCUCUUGAAGAUCUUGAAAAGCCUGGUGUGGACGAUGAACCUCAGCCUGUAGUUUUGAAGUAUGAAGAUGCAUAUCAGUAUCAAAAUGUAUUUGCACCACUAAUUAAGCUUGAGGCUGACUAUGAUAAGAUGAUGAAAGAAUCUCAAAGCAAGGACAAUGUCACAAUCCGGUGGGAUGUUGGUCUUAACAAGAAGCGUGUUGCAUAUUUUGUUUUUCCGAAGGAAGACAAUGAGUUGCGUCUUGUACCUGGAGAUGAGUUACGGUUGCGUUAUUCUGGGGAUGCAGCACACCCAGCAUGGCAGUCUGUGGGGCAUGUGAUCAAGCUGACUGCGCAAGAGGAGGUUGCACUUGAACUACGUGCUAGUCAGGGAGUUCCAGUUGAUAUAAACCAUGGUUUCAGUGUUGAUUUUGUAUGGAAAAGUACAAGCUUUGAUCGCAUGCAGGGAGCAAUGAAAACAUUUGCGGUGGAUGAGACUAGUGUUAGCGGUUAUAUUUACCACCACUUGUUGGGCCAUGAAGUUGAAGUUCAGAUGGUUCGCAAUACGUUGCCUAAACGUUUUGGUGCACCUGGUCUUCCGGAGCUCAAUGCAUCUCAAGUGUUUGCUGUAAAGAGCGUCCUUCAAAAACCUAUAAGCUUGAUUCAAGGCCCACCUGGCACUGGAAAAACUGUCACUUCCGCAGCGAUUGUAUAUCACAUGGCCAAACAAGGCCAGGGGCAAGUUUUGGUUUGUGCCCCUAGUAAUGUGGCUGUAGACCAACUAGCUGAAAAGAUAAGUGCGACUGGGCUAAAGGUUGUUAGGCUUUGUGCAAAGUCGAGAGAAGCUGUGAGUUCUCCGGUUGAGCAUUUAACCCUUCACUAUCAGGUUCGACAUCUUGACACAUCUGAAAAGAGUGAACUUCACAAGUUACAACUACUGAAAGAUGAACAAGGAGAACUGUCUAGCAGUGAUGAGAAAAAGUAUAAAGCACUGAAGCGGGCAACUGAGAGGGAGAUUUCUCAGAGUGCUGAUGUCAUCUGUUGCACAUGUGUUGGUGCUGGAGAUCCUCGAUUGGCAAAUUUUAGGUUCCGCCAGGUACUUAUUGAUGAGUCUACUCAGGCAACAGAACCUGAAUGCCUUAUUCCUUUGGUUCUUGGGGCAAAGCAGGUUGUUCUUGUUGGUGACCAUUGCCAGCUUGGUCCAGUCAUUAUGUGCAAGAAAGCAGCUCGUGCUGGCUUAGCCCAGUCUCUUUUUGAACGUCUUGUUCUACUUGGUGUGAAACCGAUUAGAUUGCAGGUUCAAUACCGUAUGCACCCAUCUCUUUCAGAAUUCCCAUCUAACAGCUUCUAUGAAGGCACACUACAGAAUGGGGUUACUGUCAAUGAAAGGCAAUCAUCGGGCAUCGACUUUCCUUGGCCUGUGCCCAAUCGUCCCAUGUUCUUUUAUGUUCAGAUGGGACAAGAGGAGAUAAGCGCCAGUGGAACAUCUUAUUUAAAUAGGACUGAGGCUGCUAACGUUGAAAAGAUUGUAACCACUUUCUUAAGGAGUGGUGUAGUCCCUAGUCAGAUUGGGGUGAUAACACCAUAUGAAGGGCAACGAGCAUAUAUUGUGAACUAUAUGUCAAGAAAUGGUGCUCUCAGGCAGCAACUGUACAAGGAGAUUGAGGUUGCGAGUGUAGAUUCAUUUCAGGGAAGGGAAAAAGACUACAUCAUUCUAUCAUGUGUGAGGAGUAAUGAACAUCAGGGAAUUGGAUUCCUUAAUGAUCCUCGUAGACUCAAUGUUGCUUUAACGCGUGCUCGAUAUGGUAUUGUCAUUCUGGGGAAUCCUAAAGUCCUGAGCAAACAGCCACUGUGGAAUAGCUUAUUGACACACUACAAGGAGCAUGAAUGCUUGGUUGAAGGGCCUCUGAAUAACUUGAAGCAGAGUAUGGUUCAAUUUCAGAAGCCCAAAAAGAUCUACAAUGAUAGGAGACUUUUCUUUGGCGGUGCACCUGGAGUUGUGGCCAACGAUGCUUUUGGUUCUGCUGCCUCAUCUGGCCCAAAUGCUGAUAGAAGAAGCAUUCGUGGUAGGGGUACUUUUGUAUCUCCUGGCCCUCCUAAUGGUACCCAUAAGCCUGGGGUGCAUCCUGCUGGGUAUCCAAUGCCUCGGGUUCCCCUUCCACCAUUUCAUGGCAGUCCCCAUUCUCAGCCAUAUGCUAUUCCAACUCGUGGAGCUGUACAUGGACCAGUUGGAGCUGUUCCUCACGUCCCUCCACCAGGAAGUCGCGGAUUCGGGGCUGGGCGUGGCAGUGCUGGUGCUCCUAUUGGCAGUCAUCUUCCACACCACCAAGGCACCCAGCAAGCUAUUGGAAAUAUUGGCUCUACUUUCAACUUUCCUGCUCUGGAGAAUCCAAACAGCCAGCCAUCUGUGGGUGGUCCAUUGUCUCAACCUGGGUUUGUUAAUAAUAUGCCAGUUCAAGGACCAAGCCAAACAUUUCGUGAUGGAUUUUCAAUGGCAGGAAUGUCUCAGGACUUCUUGGGUGAUGACUUCAAAAGCCAGGGAUCACAUGUUCCUUAUAAUGUUGCUGACUUCUCCACUCAGGCUUCUCAAAGUGGAUAUGGGGUUGAUUAUGUAACCCAAGGAGCACAAGGUGGGUUUCCAGGGAACUUUCUAAACCAGAAUUCUCAAGCUGGAUACUCUCGCUUUGGUUCGGGGAAUGAUUUCAUGUCUCAGGACUAUAUGCCUCAUGGAUCACAAGGUCUAUUUACUCAGGUUGGCUUCAAUGACCCUUCACAAGAUGAUGCAUCGCAGAGCCACUUUGGUGUGGCAAAUUCCAACCCUCUUCAGUCUCAGGGCCUGAUGAAUUCUCUCUACUCUCAGCCCUUUGCCCACUACAACACACAGCCUCCACUGAACUUGCAGGCUCCACAGCAGCAGCCUCCACAGGUUCAGAGCUCCUCUCAAAACCAGAAAAUCCAUUAUAAUGGUUGAGAGACGCCGGGAUUUAUGGCUUUGAUGGGUUAUAGUCCUUGGCAUUCUGCAACUUGGUUUGUGCUCUCAUGUGUGCCCAAGCAUAUCUGCUCUCUGCCCUAGAGGAUGCAGAGGGGUCUGCAUUUUGGGGGGGUUACGUUUGAUUAUCUCCACAGCCCAUGGUUGAUUAUUUUGGGGGCUCUGAAUAAGAUUUGAGUUGGGCAAGAUGAACAAACACACUGGCGGCACAUCCAGGGCUGGGAGAGAAAAGGAUAACAACCCCAAUUACCUGCUUGAAGUUUUGUAUUGUUUUGAGAGAAGGUACAAAAAAAAGAGAGGAGCAUUACAUUACAUGGCAUGGUUUCGUGGAAAGGGUUUGGAUCUUGAAGAAGCGUGAGAAGACAGCGGGUGGCCACAUUACCCACUUACAGGGAAACCCAUUAUUUUUAUACAGGAGAAAAAGUGACCACUGAAAUUCAUAUACAAUCAGCCGGGGAAAAAGUAAAAGCCCAACCCUUUCAGCUCUUCCUGACAUGUAAUUAUAUACUCCACACUAUUGUUGAGUAGACGAUGACGAUAUUUUUAGGAGUGUUUACGGGUGCAAAAUACUGCUACCAGAUUAAAAAGAUUUGUGGUAUAUAAGAAAAGGUGUGAUGAUGGUUUCCAUGUGUAA